GUAGCCCUAGCCCCACGCUCCGCUAUAAAAAAACCGCCCCCAUUUCGACGGUCUCCAAGAACACACACACUCUCCCAUCCCAACCUCUCCCAAAAUUAGCCCCGAUCCGAUCGCUUCCUAGCCCUGAUUCGAGGUAAAAAAGGGGAGGAGAAGAUGAGGGAGAUCUUGCACAUCCAGGGCGGGCAGUGCGGGAACCAGAUCGGGUCCAAGUUCUGGGAGGUGGUGUGCGACGAGCAUGGCAUCGACCCGACGGGGAGGUACGCCGGCACGUCGGACCUGCAGCUGGAGCGCGUGAACGUCUACUACAACGAGGCGUCGUGCGGCCGGUUCGUGCCGCGCGCCGUGCUCAUGGACCUGGAGCCGGGCACCAUGGACUCCGUCCGCACGGGGCCCUACGGCCAGAUCUUCCGUCCCGACAACUUCGUCUUCGGCCAGUCCGGCGCCGGCAACAACUGGGCCAAGGGCCACUACACCGAGGGCGCCGAGCUCAUCGACUCCGUCCUCGACGUCGUCCGCAAGGAGGCCGAGAAUUGCGACUGCCUCCAAGGUUUCCAGGUGUGCCACUCGCUGGGCGGCGGCACGGGCUCCGGCAUGGGCACCCUGCUGAUCUCCAAGAUCAGGGAGGAGUACCCGGACAGGAUGAUGCUCACCUUCUCCGUGUUCCCGUCGCCCAAGGUGUCGGACACCGUGGUGGAGCCCUACAACGCCACGCUCUCGGUCCACCAGCUCGUGGAGAACGCCGACGAGUGCAUGGUGCUCGACAACGAGGCGCUCUAUGACAUCUGCUUCCGCACCCUCAAGCUGACGACUCCCAGCUUUGGUGAUCUGAACCACUUGAUUAGUGCCACCAUGAGCGGUGUCACCUGCUGCCUGCGCUUCCCAGGGCAGCUGAACUCCGACCUCCGCAAGCUCGCCGUCAACCUGAUCCCCUUCCCGCGGCUCCACUUCUUCAUGGUGGGCUUCGCGCCGCUCACCUCACGCGGCUCGCAGCAGUACCGCGCCCUCACUGUCCCUGAGCUCACCCAGCAGAUGUGGGACGCCAAGAACAUGAUGUGCGCCGCCGACCCGCGCCACGGCCGCUACCUGACGGCCUCGGCCAUGUUCCGCGGCAAGAUGAGCACCAAGGAGGUGGACGAGCAGAUGAUCAACGUGCAGAACAAGAACUCGUCCUACUUCGUGGAGUGGAUCCCCAACAACGUCAAGUCGAGCGUGUGUGACAUCCCGCCGCGCGGCCUCUCCAUGGCGUCUACGUUCGUCGGCAACUCCACCUCCAUCCAGGAGAUGUUCCGCCGCGUCAGCGAGCAGUUCACGGCCAUGUUCAGGAGGAAGGCGUUCUUGCACUGGUACACGGGCGAGGGCAUGGACGAGAUGGAGUUCACCGAGGCGGAGAGCAACAUGAACGACCUCGUCUCCGAGUACCAGCAGUAUCAGGACGCCACCGCCGACGAGGCCGAGUACGAGGAAGAAGAGGACGCGAUACAGGAGUAGAGACUGUCUGGGCAAUGGUACCUCGUAUCCCCUGCCCAUCGUUACCCUAAUAUGUUUGCCUGAACAUCAUCGCAGUUGCAUCACCAUAGCUACCUCCGCACCUUAAAAUUUGAUGCUUGUUUGUAUGCUAUCGCGUGUAUCAGGAGUGCGUACUGGUUCCGUAUGCUAAAGUCUUGGCUAUUGAUGUUCUGUUUGCUUGCUUACAAGUUACUGUGCUGAGCGAACCAUUGCAACUCCGAUUGAAAGAGUGAUGGGAUUUUUUUUUUUGGACUGGAAGAUUUUUAUAGGAUUUCGUUCAGUUCCUUUGAGAAUC